AUGGAGAAAGACGCUGCCUUGCCCGUGGUCAACCACGAAUUUGUUGGUGGCAGAAUCAUGUGGUUGCCCAAGAAGGUGAUGAUAGAACCUGGUAAUCUACCAGCCCUGGAUGAUAAGUUAUUCGAUCAUCCGGUUUUGAUCAUAUCCGAGCAUCGCGAGGAGCAAACAGAUAUUGUUCGCGUCUUGAUUAUAACCACUUUCGCAAAAGAGGGUCUGGGGACUAGAUUUGGCCAGUCCCUCCCAUGCCGAUAUUACCUGCCGCUCCCUGGCGCGCCUGCCCAUCCCUGUUCGAAAUGGAGCGAAGACGUACCCUCCAAUUUGACGUUCGCCGAGGAGAACGGGAAUGAAAAGGCUCUCCGUGAUUCUUGGAUAAAUGCCAAAGCGUCCUAUUCGGUGUCGUACCAGUGCCUCAUCAACUGGAAAAAUAUGCAGAGGACCCCGACACUUACCGAGGAGUCUCUUAGGGACGUGAUUAACUAUCACACGGAGAGGGUACCUGAAAUUAAGAGGUGGGAUGAGGCAGCUAGACGCCAAAAGGAGGAGGAGGAGAAGGAGGAGAAGGAAAAGGAGAAGAAGAUAGAUGAGAUAAUGUCGCGAUCAUCAUGGUGGCCACAUUUGCAACACCCCGUGAGCGAGACUCGCGGGGUUGUCAGCACAACAACAUACCCUCCUGAGAUGUCAAUAUCUCAGAGUGCGGUAAUGUUGGCGAAAAAUGAUCGAUGUGAUGGAGGUGCGCGAUGGAUGGGGCAAGUCCGGAGGGAGGGGAAAGGCGGGUGCCCUCUGGGGUGUCUCUGCUAUGUGUGUUGCGAUAAUUGGAGAAAAGGAAGGAGCGCGUCCAGCGAUCCUCCAAGGUCAAAAUCAAUUUCGGCCUUGAUUCCUACUCCCGGAUCGCACAUUUACAGAGUGGUGGAGGAGAGACCGAUCAAAAGGAUCUAUUAUAAUAAGAAUAGAGGUUCCCGAGGUGAGUUCAGCGCCGCCACCACCUCUACCUCUUACCACACUCCUGGGUUCCUGUUACCUAUUUUGCUGACAUCCAUGAUUCUAGCCCAUGCAUCUGAGAGGAGACGGGCUAUGGAUUUCUCCACGAGCCUUUGCCAGAAGCCACUGGUUUCGGCACCUACCGAGGUGCUGGGCAUGGCCAGUUUCGACGUUUUGUCCCAGGACACUGGGGUAUGUGAUGCCCUUGCGUGGAUCCAGGAGCGUCAGUCGGUACACGUUCGGCAAUGGUUCCUGCGCCCUCGAUGUCAUCCGCAGUACUGA